ACCAAAUCCCUUCUUUCGUAUUACUCCAUUAAUAUUAAUAAUUAUUAAGUCUUCACCUUCCCCGUUUUAAUGAAUAAAAUAUAUUCCAUCCCACACUCCUCGCAAUUAUAUCACACUCACUAGCUCGCCAUUUUUCUAAAUAAAUAAAAAAACACAUUCAACGAAAAUGACUCGGCUUUUCCGAUCCAAAUCUUGCGGACUCGUCGGACUCACCGAGUCCAACUCUGCCCCCCCUCCAACUCCCUUCUUUCACCGAAACGGCACUGAAGACGGAGAAGAGGACGAGGACGAGGAUGAUGAAGAAGAAUCAUAUAGUGACGCUUCUGGAAACCCGAUAUCAACGCCGUUUAUUGGGUCGAGAGAAGGAACGGGAGGGAGUGACAGAGGUCGAAACGGAAAUAGCAAUAAAGAGUUCGCUAUUCUGGAUGUUUUGGUAACGGCGUUAAGGAAGUCGUUGGUGACAUGCAGCGUGGAAAGAGAGGAUGUUUCUUCCAUGGAUAUAAGCUGGCCUACUGAAGUUAGGCACGUGUCUCACGUGACUUUUGAUAGGUUUAAUGGUUUCCUUGGUUUGCCUACGGAGUUUGAGCCUGAGGUUCCUUGCAAGGUCCCUAGCGCCAGUGCAAAUGUAUUUGGAGUUUCUGCCAAGUCGAUGCAAUGUUCUCAUGAUGACAAAGGGAACAGUGUGCCGACUAUUCUUCUAAUGAUGCAAAAGCGUUUAUAUAUGGAAGGAGGACUUAAGGCAGAAGGGAUUUUCCGAAUAAAUGCUGAGAAUGGUCGGGAGGAGUAUGUCAGAAACCAGCUAAACAAAGGUGUAGUGCCUCGUGGAAUUGAAGUCCAUUGCUUGGCAGGUUUAAUAAAGGCAUGGUUUAGAGAACUACCCUCUGGGGUGCUCGAUUCUAUCACACCAGAACAGGUAAUGCACUGCAACACCGAAGAUGACUGCACUCAACUUGUGAAGCAACUUCCUCUGACAGAAGCUGCACUACUUGAUUGGGCAAUCAAUUUGAUGGCAGAUGUCGUGGAGCAUGAACAGUAUAACAAGAUGAAUGCACGCAACAUUGCUAUGGUUUUUGCACCCAACAUGACGCAGAUGGCUGAUCCUUUGACCGCAUUGAUUCAUGCCGUGCAAGUAAUGAACUUGCUCAAGACAUUGAUCUUAAAAACACUCCGGGAAAGAGAGGAAUCCAGUGCAAAGCUUAGGUUGCUCUCGACGUGCUCAGAUUCCCUAGGCGACAAGAGUGAACCCUGUCAUUCAAACUUAAACAGCAAAGAAUACUGUAAAAUAUCACUCAACGCUGGUGCAUCUGAGAUACCUUCCACUGGUAAGUUCUUGAGGUCUGCCACUAUGAAUAGAUUAGAAUCCAACACUGAGGAAAAAUAUUGGAGAUUUCAGAAGAAGGGUGAUGGAGAAGAGGAAUUUAAGUCUGUUUCAAGUAGCAGCCCCCGUUUCUGUGAAAUGGGCACCCUAGACAGUGGAUGCAAAGGUGAAUAUGAUAGUGGAGAUUGGCUAAGUUUUAGAAAAGGGGUGAGGAGGCUAUGCAUACACCCUGUAUUUCAGUUGAGUAAACCAGUUAAGAAGACUCGUGGUAUUGGAAUUGUAAAUACUAGGGGAAGAGGCGGAGAAGCUUGGGCGUGAUUUGUCAGUUGUUUCCCAGCUUGUACCAAAUAUAUGAUGAGUGCAUGGUUGCUUGUCUAAAGAUUGUUGUGGAAUAGAUGUCAGUGUUUGCUUAAUUCAGUAGUCAGAUAAAAAAAAUCUCUAAUUUGUAUGAGGGCCCUAACUGCAGCUUUAGCUAUAUAUAUGAACAAUAACUCUUGAGGGAUCACCCUCACCUUUUAUGAUU